AUCAACUUCUUAGCAUAUUAUACCAUAUUGUUUGGUUGUUAAGUAACCUGGUUCUAAUACCGAGUGGCGCACGACAAGCCACGACAAAAAUUACCACUUUACGCGCGACUGACACUGUAAAUGAUACGCAUUUGCGCUGGUGUAUGGCGUCCCUCUAACGGAUUCCUAAAAUUCGACCCAUUCGACCAUCUUGGCUUUGGUCUUGACCAUGCAAAACAAACGCUCAACCAAGCGAUGGCAAAACAUUCGACCAUUCGACAUUGUCGCGCCAAACGCUUCAAACGUUCCGAAGAAUUCGCACGCGAUUAAUUUUUAUUUCAAUAAAAAAAAAAUGUUUAAGUAUAGCAUACAGUGUUAAACAGUCUAACAGAAAAAAAAACAAUUUUCGUUUUAUUUUUUUGUUUAAAAAAUGAAACAAAAGGUGUUUGAGUUUAUAAUCAUGGACUUUCCGGUUGUUAUCCUGCUGUUAUCUUAUACAUUGUGCGCGGAAAACACGCAACUCUCACAGAAAUACCUACAGGAUACUAUUAAGGACCUUAAAUUGAAAACAAACAGUAAACAAUCAGGAAUUGGGCAUAGUCAGCCAUCUUUAAACACACUCUCCUUGCGUCGUGUAUACACACCACCACCGGAAAUGGCGAGUUUUGCGCAGUCGCACGACUCACUCUCAGCGGAAGUAGACAAAAUGUUAGACAAUGUAGCCUCGAUGGUAUCCGCUGCUUCAGAUGACAACGAAGAAACAAAACCACCACCACCACAAUACUCAGAGAGUCAUGGCUACCAAGAGUACCAUAAUUCAGCGCAACCACCACGCUCACCAACAAUACAAGCAUUACAAGGCGCGCAAGGAUCACAAGCUGCUGUACCAGCCCUGCAUCUUACAAAAUCAGAACUUGCUUCUUUAUAUGCAAAUGCCGUACAUAAAGGAGACACAAUAAAACUGGAUGGUGGUGAAAACCACUCGGGAGAUCCUAUAACCGCAGCUGUGCAUGAGGUGGACGCUGGCGGCCAUGUUACCAAACCUAACCUCAACGCAGCGAAACGUCCUGAUAACGGAUACUACUAUUAUUAUUAUCCGUUGAAGAGUUUCAUGGAUGAGUUGGCGAGUUCUCCAAGUGUAUUAUCUCCUAGUCAGAACUCGAGCGCUGCGAGUGAUCAAAACAAUAAAAGUACUAGAAAAAAUGGACAGUUUCAGAGCAGCCAGUCGUACAAGGCGCCGUAUUAUCAUCCGCCAUCAUCGUAUCAUCCGCAACCAGCGUAUCACCACCAUCAUGAUCCAUAUUAUCAUCCACAUACACAUCAUACACAUCAGCUAUUGCAACAAUCGCAGCACAACGUCAACAUCAACACCCCCAAGCCACCCACAAUGAUGAUGGAUGAUAAGAAGAAAGGGUUGGAACCGUUGUUUAUGGCAAUAUCGGGUUUCAUCGGCAUGACGGUGAUGUUUAUUCUGUCAGCACUGGUGCUGCCAAAGUUUCAUAAACUAAAACCGAAAGGAUGGCGCAGGGAGGGGCUUCAAGAGGAAGAGGAGGAGUUGUAUGGUAUCGGAAGGGUGGCCCUUGAGGCAAUCGAUGGUUAUGAUUGCAUGGAACGUUUUGCUUGCGAGGCGGGCAAAACGGCGAAUGCUCUCGGGUUGUACCACAAUAGAUUCGUCAAGUUGCUGAGAAGAAUUGGACCUGUUUCACUUGUACGGCAAAUAAACAGACUUGGAAAAUACACUAAUAAAAAAUAUCGCUGCGCUGCGAUUCGCUGUAAGCAAAGAGGCGUGGCCCCCAAACCGCCAAUCAAAUUAACGUAA